AUGCAUGGACUAUUGUGUAAAUUCAUACACUAUAAGACAAAAAGGGAAGUGACAUUGGUAAAAAAGGAAGUGGCAUUAUCAUUCCCCAUUUGUAAGCUAGUGAAGAGCAAAAAUUAUUUUCCUUUUUUGUUUUCUAAUUACUCUUAUUGAAACAAAUUCAAAAAAUCAAGAUGUGAAGUUUAAAAAAUAUCCAAGUCUCUCUCUGGUCCUAUGUGGAACUUAAAAGAGGUUUUCCUAAAUAUAGCCACAAAAACAUUCCUAGAGAAAACAGAGCCAGCCCAAUUUUUCAGUGUUUUUGGCCACAGGGCUUCAGAGGCAUUCUAAACAUGAAACCUUUUUCGAGGUUCGGGCCACUGUUACUACUGAUACUUCUUCUGAUUGCAAUCACCUACCGUUCAUUCGCGGUUGCAGAAAAAAAGACUUACAUCGUUCACAUGGACAAAUCCACCAUGCCAACGAGUUUCACCGAUCACUUCGAAUGGUACGACUCAGCUUUAAAAACUGUUUCAGAUUCCGGCAACAUGCUUUAUGCCUAUACCGAUGUAAUCCACGGCUUCUCCGCGAGGCUCACAGCUGACGAAGCCAAGUCGCUCGAAUCCCAUCUUGGGGUUCUUUCACUCCUAGAAGAAGUGAAAUACGAGCUUCACACUACCCGAACGCCACAGUUCCUUGGACUCGAUGCAAGCCAAUCACUCUUCCCAGAUUCUACCACGGCUAGUGAUGUUGUUGUCGGGGUUUUAGACACGGGUGUUUGGCCCGAGUCUAAAAGCUUCGACGACACGGAGCUCGGGCAGGUGCCUAAUAGCUGGAAAGGCGAGUGCGAAGCUGGUAAUAACUUCAACACGUCGCACUGUAACAGGAAACUAAUCGGGGCAAGGUUCUUUUCCAAAGGGUAUGAAGGAGCUUUUGGGCCGAUUGUUGCGAAAACCGAAUCCAAAUCACCGAGGGAUGACAAUGGGCAUGGUACGCACACGUCGACUACAGCAGCGGGGUCUGCUGUAGCAGAAGCUAGCCUAUUUGGCUAUGCUGCGGGUACAGCGAGAGGGAUGGCUAGGCAUGCCCGUGUAGCCACGUAUAAAAUAUGCUGGCAAGGCGGUUGUUUCAGCUCCGACAUAGUGGCCGCGAUGGACGCGGCUGUUAAAGACGGCGUAAAUGUACUGUCUAUGUCCAUUGGUGGCUCGGUUACCGAUUACGAUAGAGACAGCAUCGCCAUCGGAGCAUUCGGGGCGAUGACGAAAGGAAUCUUAGUAUCAUGCUCAGCCGGAAACGGAGGGCCGGGUCCCAUGACUCUGUCCAACGUUGCGCCGUGGAUAACCACCGUGGGUGCUGGAACACUCGACCGCAAAUUCCCAGCUUAUGCUAUGCUUGGCAGUGGGAAAAAUUUAUCUGGCGUUUCACUUUACAGUGGAAAGCCAUUGUCUGAUUCUUCCUUGGUGCCACUUGUGUAUGCCGCAAAUGUGAGCAACUCCUCUUAUGGAAAUCUAUGCAUGACUGGCAGUUUGAUUCCUGCAAAAGUUUCUGGGAAAAUUGUGGUCUGUGAUAGAGGAUUGAAUUUUAGGGUGCAAAAAGGAGUGGUGGUAAAAGAUGCCGGUGGCAUAGGGAUGAUCUUAACAAAUACUGAUUCCUAUGGAGAAGAAUUGGUGGCCGACGCACAUCUCAUACCCACAGUAGCUGUAGGUCAAUUGACAGGUGACGCGAUAAAGAAAUACAUACUUUCAGAUACUAAACCAACAGCCACAAUCACGUUUGCAGGCACCCAGUUGGGUGUCCAACCAUCACCAGUCGUGGCAGCUUUCAGUUCUCGAGGUCCGAACCCAAUAACGCCAGACAUACUCAAACCGGAUUUAAUAGCCCCCGGUGUUAAUAUCCUAGCAGGUUGGACUGGUGCAGCUGGACCUACGGGGUUGCAGGAAGACACUCGGCAGGUGAGCUUCAACGUCGUUUCCGGGACAUCGAUGUCGUGCCCCCACGUGAGUGGCCUCGCGGCGCUAGUCAAGGGAGUCCACCAAGAUUGGAGCCCGGCCGCUGUAAAGUCUGCACUGAUGACCACAACCUACACCACCUACAAAGACGGCAAAACAAUAAAAGAUAUCGCAACUGGACGUCCAUCAACGCCGUUUGAUUAUGGUGCUGGGCACGUGAAUCCGGUAGCGGCCCUUGACCCGGGCCUUGUAUAUGACGCCGGAGUUGAUGAUUACCUAGGUUUCCUGUGUGCCUUAAACUACACUUCGGCCAGAAUUAAGACCAUCUCACAGCAAGAUUAUACAUGCGAAUCAGGGAAGAAAUACAGCUUGGGAGAUUUUAAUUACCCGUCUUUUGUUGUUCCUCUACAGACAGCCUCAGGCCAAGGCGGUGGUAGCAGUGCAGCAACCGCGGUGAAGUACACGAGAACAUUGACUAAUGUUGGUACUCCGGCAACAUACAAGGCUUCCGUGUCUUCUAAGACAAGGGCAGUGAAGAUAACAGUAGAGCCGGAAUCACUAACUUUUAGCAAAACUAAUGAGAAGAAGACUUUUACAGUUACAUUCAGUGCAAGCUCAAUGCCAUCAGGCACAAAUGAAUUUGCUCGUAUGGAAUGGUCAGAUGGAAAGAACACAGUUGGAAGUCCAAUAGCUAUCAGCUGGACAUGAUCAUAGUAACACCCAAGUGAUAAGGCUGUAAAUCAUUGGAGGUGAAGUUCCUCAAGUUGAAAAGGCUAAAGAGUUCCUCUGUUCAAGAAGAACCAGUUUAUGUAUGACUAUUGUGUUUCUUGUUUUAACAUUCUUAUGAGGGUUCUACCAGAUGUCAUGCAGAUAUGACUUAAUGUUGCAGGAAGAAAUAGGAUGCAGGGGAGGGGUCAAAAUAAUUCUGUAAAAGAUGUAUAUGUGAUUGGAAUGUGGUAUAGAUAAUAAAAAAUCCAUAUCCUUUUCCUAGUUCUAAUGCUAUGUUCUGUUUUUUC